AUGCGUCCUUACUCAAACAUCUACGAACACCCCGACUUCUCCGUCUCCCAAGGGAGCGUCGCCACCCUGCGCGCAGUGGGGACCGCCCUAGCCGUCGUCGCCGCGUCAGGCGCGGCCGUGUACGAGAUCGUGACGCACAACGGGACUACAUUCGUUAGCAAUUUCCUCGCUUGA